GCAUCCGGACGACGAUACCGAACGCACUUCAAAGAACGGUUUACGACAUCGCGACUAGCGCCAUCAGUCGACGGUCUGGCACAAUCGGUAGCACACAACGACACAACACACAAUACACCCGUGACGACAGCAUCAACGCUGGCGGUCAGGUACCUCCAGGUGCGAUUGUGUUUCUCUAUAGAGGAGUUGCCACAAAAUAUGUCGCUUCACUACAGCAAUUGUUCCUCGAUAUCACCGAGGACGAAACUAUCGCGUUAUCGUAGUAUGUUUAGUAAUUCUAUGAGUCCACUCACGCCUAGCUUUGGUAUUUUGCCAUUGGAGAACAAUACACCCGAACAGACAGUUCCACCUUCGCAUACAACUCUCACAGAAGCCAAUGACCAAAAGAGCUUGGCGAAACGCGUCAGUAGUCUAAGAGCUCAUCAAUGUCAAGAAAAGAAACACCAUUGCAACAAGGCAAAUCAGUAUUUUCCCAAUCGAGUAAUACAAGUAAUACUGCCAAUAUUGUGACAGUGACGGCAGCUAAUCCAACUUCAUCUCCGUCAUCGACAUUUCAAGGCACCAAUGUUAGACGAUCAUCGCGACUUUUCAGCCAUAAUUCCGUAAAGAUUUGGCUGCAAAUGGGUUCUGUGUACCAAAAGAUUUAGAUCUCGAGGAAAGCAAAAUGAACGAGUCGGAAGAAAAGACAGAAAAAGGCGGAAUGGGUUUAGCCGAUGGUGAAGGAACGAAAGACGUUUCCGAUAGAAUAGAAUCCGAAGAUCAACUUGAGGAUGCAAGACCCGCGGACCAAGAACAAGAGAAACAAGAUGAUAAGGCUUGUAAGGAAGAGGAGAAGGGAAUCGACAUGUCUGAGAAUUUCGACAACGAGCUUCAGGAUAUGAAGAAGAAUGAUGACGAAGAGCAGAGUGAUGAUGAUGAUGAAGAAAACGACUUGGAUAAAGAAAUGGGAGAAACUGAAAAAGGUGCUGAGCAGCUUGAUAAAGAAAUCUGGGGCGAUGAUCAAGAAGAAUCCGAAGAGGACAAUCAGCAGUCGGAAAACGAGAGUGAAGAGGAAGGUACAGGCGAACAAAUCGGUGAAAAAGAAAUGGGCGCGAGAGAUGAUAAUGGUAAGAGAAAACAGAAUGAUGACGACGAUAUGGAUCACGAUGAAAAUCAAGAGAAAAAUAAAAAGGAGAUUAAUGAGUUGGAUGAACCAAAAAUAGAUGAGGAUCAUAUUAAUCCUUAUCACGGUAAAUUUCAACCUCAACCGGAACCCGAACCACUCGAUUUACCAGAAGACAUGAAUUUGGAUGAAGACGGUAAGGAAGACAACGGUGGCGAUGAUGAAAAUCCAUUUGACAUUGAUGAGAUGAAGAAACCGCCACCAGAAAAGCAAGAUAUAAAGCUUGAGAAAGAAUCUGAGGAGAUUAAAGAAAAUGAUUCUGAGGAGAAUUCUAGCGAGGACGAGGACGACAACAAUAAUACCGGUAAGGAAAAUCAGGCACACAAGACAGAAGAGCUUGAAACUAGUGAAGAAACUGAAGAAAAAAGUGAUGAGAAUGCAGAAGCUGAGAACAAAGACGAGGAACAGAAUCAGGAUAAAGAAGCGGAGGAAGAACAACUACAAGAAAAGGCAGCGCCGAGUGCAAAUGAUGCGAGCAAAGAAAUGGAUGCUGCACAACAAACUGAAGAAACGACGGAAGGUUCACGUGAUAAAGUAGCGCAACAAUCGGACGCGAAAGAUCAACAGGAAACUUCAUUUGAAAAUACUCAAGAAGACAAUAUUGAUAAAGGCACAGGCCAAUCACAAUCAGCACAACAGGAGAGCGGGCACUCAGGAUCAUCUAAGCAGGAAACUGUUUCGGCACCGCAAAGCAACGCUAUGACAAAACCAAUCGAGAAGAGAAAUAAUCCGGGUGAGAGUAACGAGGAUCGUAGUCUGUUGAACAGAUUUGAGUCGACACUAAAGAAAUUAAAGACAACCUACACGCAAGACGAAGUAUCGAGGGAUGAAAACGAAGAUGAUGCAAAUAAUACUGAUGGCAAUAAGGCUGAGAUGGCUCAACACAUUAAGGAUUUUGAAAAAUUCGACGAUUAUACGCUCGACGCCGCAACGGAAGAUCAGGUUAGACAACAAGCUUCUAACAUGGAUGAGGAUAAGAAUGAGGAAGAGACAAAGGACGACACUAUGGAUGUAGAAAUGCAUGAAGAUAAGGAAAACGAUGUGACAGAUGAUAAAGUAAACGAGCACAAACCCGAAAAGGUCUCUGAAAUUACAGAUAACCAAUGCAAAAAAAAUUCCGAUGGUAAAAGAAACAUGGAGAACAAUCAAACGGAGACAACGGUCGAAUUAGAAGGAGAAACGGCGGAGACGAUGAAAGUGGAGAGAGGAAACGAAUCUACAUUUCAUACAAUGGAAUGGAACAUCGAAGAAAAUGAUCUUAGCUCCGAUCAUGUAGAAAGAAAGCGAUUUGAAAUGGAAAGAAUGUUGGGUGAAUGGACGCAAGUGCCCUCCACGGAGGAAGCUACAGCUGCAUGGAAUUGUUUGUAUUCAGUUACGGAUGCAGCUGCCAGGGAUUUGUCUGAAAAAUUAAGAUUAGUGUUGGAGCCCACGCAAGCAUCAAGAUUAAAGGGUGAUUAUAAAACAGGCAAACGCAUCAAUAUGCGAAAAAUCAUUCCUUAUAUAGCUAGUCAAUUUCGCAAGGAUAAAAUCUGGCUCAGACGCACGAAACCCUCAAAACGUGACUAUCAGAUCGUCCUCGCAUUAGACGAUUCCAGCAGCAUGGCAGAUAAUCAUUCGAAAGAAUUGGCUUUUGAAUCCUUGUCGCUGAUUAGCAAGGCUAUGACAUAUCUUGAAGUGGGACAACUUAGCGUCCUAAGCUUCGGGGAGCAAGUGAAAGUAUUGCAUCCUUUAGAAGAAGCUUUCACAGAACAAAGUGGCUCUAGGCUAAUACAAGAAAUGAAAUUUGAUCAAAAAAAGACGAUGAUUGGACAAUUAGUUGAUUUUACGGUAGAUAUGUUCGAAAGUCAAUGUGCUUCAUCCGAUAAUGCUAAACUGUUGGUAGUAUUAUCGGAUGGUAGAGGAAUAUUUUCAGAAGGAAAAGAAAAAGUGAAUUGUGCUGUCAGGAGAGCCAGGCUUGUAGAUAUUUUCCUAGUAUUUAUAAUAGUCGACAAUCCAAUUAACAAGGAUUCAAUAUUGGAUAUCCGUAUGCCUGUGUUUGAAAAAGGAAAAUUAUUAGGAAUUCGAUCAUAUAUGGAUAAUUUCCCUUUUCCUUUCUACAUGAUUCUUAGAGAUAUAAACACAUUACCAGGUGUUCUGAGCGAUGCUUUACGCCAAUGGUUUGAAGUAGUUGGAAAAAUUGAUACUUAAGAGAGACUUGUAAUAAUUUUAAAUAUUCAGAUUUAAAA